AGAUGCCAAAAGUACAUCAAGCAACAUUUCCAAAAGCCAGUGUCCAUUCAGUUCCAUACAACCAAACUCGAAAAUCAGUUUCCGAACGGAAAAGAAGAGAUGAAAUCAAUGAAUUACUGGAAAAUCUCAAAACAAUUGUGCAAAAUCCUUCUGACAGCAAUGAGAAGAUUUCACACGAAACUAUUCUAUUCCGUGUGUUUGAACGGGUUUCUGGAGUUGAUUUGGAAACAAAAUUCAACUCAACCGUUGAUAUCCCUAAAGCUGAGGGAAAUACAAAAGAGGAGAAGCAGAAAGUGAAGACAAAAAGAGAACAAAUCAGAAGAAGUAAGCAAGAUAUCUGUUACACCGAACUUGGAAAUUUCGUUCACAAAAACCGACUUGGCAAUACUGAGCAAAGGAACAAAUUGGAACGCGUAACAGUUUUGCAAAUAAUUCUCGAAUACAUCUGUCAAAUGCCAGAACAAUCAGAAGCAAUAGAAAAGGAAAACUCACCGAUGUACCAAGUGUAUCUAGAACCAACUAAAUGUAUUUCUCCAGAACAAUCCGUCGCUUCUCCCAGCCCUUUCCUUCUUUCAAACACGUUGGCAUUCUUCAAUCAGGUUGCACAGCUCCAUUUUAUCGCGAAACUUCAAGCUAUGCUCCCACCGACGCCAGUUCAAACACCAGAAGCCCACAUGAAAGAGCAAACUAAUGAAGAGGAAGAUAUCGAUAUUAUUGGCUGAAUACAGAGCGUACUGUGACCGACGGAAUAUAAUUUCAUUUCUUUUUUUACCGGUUUGAAUUAUAGCAAUAAUUUUAACCCCACUGAUCUAUACAAUUUUCUCCAGUUUUCUCGUUAUGUUCACAUUUUUGUUUUGUUUUUGAAACGGUAUUCCCUCAGAUCUGUCUUCUUGUGGAGUUUCACCAAACAAUGCCAAUCGUACAAAUGGUAUUUUCUUAUCAAAUUGUUUUUUCACCAUCUUAAAUAUGAAGUUCUUUUCUUGAAUUAUAUUUUCAUAUUGUUAAUGUCUUUGUCACGAGAUAAAUUCAUGUUAAAAAUAUUUCAAA